AGAGGGAAGGGAUCAUGAAGCCCACGCCUCAUACUGUCCAAACAUACAAUAGAAUCUCCUUUCAUUUCUAUCCUUCCUUUCUCUCCUUCCCUUCCAUCAGAAGCUUUCCUUGGGUGGUCACGUGUAAUCCGACGGUUGUGAUGACUCUUUGAAGAAACAGAAAUUGCAGGUGAAUACUCAAAAUAACACUACAACCCACACAGGAAUAGCUCUUUCACAAGAGAUCGAUGGAAGAAAACAGUAAUGGCCACACGAAAGAUGGGCCGCCUUCUGUAGACAAUGAUAUCUACACGAAAAAUGGCCUGCCUUCCAUAGACAACGAUAUCUACACGAAAGAUGGGACGGUGGAUCUUCAUAACAAGCCUGUGAUCAGGAGCAAGACUGGGAACUGGAUAGCCUGUCCAUUCAUCCUCGGAAAUGAAUUCUGUGAAAGGCUUGCAUACUACGGCGUAAACUCCAAUCUGGUGAAUUAUCUUGAGGGUAAUUUCAACCAGGGCACCACUACAGCAGCGAACAAUGUUACGAACUGGGCUGGAACAUGCUACAUUACACCAUUGAUCGGAGCGUUUGUGGCUGAUGCCUACUUGGGAAGAUAUUGGACGAUUGCCACUUUCUCAACCAUCUAUGUUUUUGGGAUGACGUUAUUAACAUUGUCGGCUACCGUCAACGGACUAAAACCGUCUUGCCAUGACAAGGUUUGCCACCCGACGACGAAUGAAAAGGUAGUAUUCUAUGUGGCAAUCUACAUCAUCGCACUCGGGACCGGUGGAAUCAAGCCAUGUGUAUCAUCCUUUGGGGCAGACCAGUUCGACGACUCAGAUGAGUCUGAGAAGAAAAGGAAGAGCUCUUUCUUCAACUGGUUCUACCUCUCUAUCAAUGUCGGCGCACUCAUUGCAGGGUCCGUUUUGGUGUGGAUACAGAUGAAUAAAGGGUGGGGAUUGGGGUUUGGAAUUCCGGCGGUAGCGAUGGCAAUUGCAGUCAUUAGCUUCUUCUCCGGAACCCGGUUGUACCGCCACCAGAAACCUGGUGGAAGCCCAUUAACAAGGAUUUUUCAGGUCAUGGUUGCAUCUUUUAGGAAAUUUCAGGUGGAAGUGCCUGCAGAUAAAGCUCUUCUGUAUGAGAAUGCAGAUGAGGAGUCUUUAAUUAAAGGAAGUAGAAAGCUCGAUCAUACCGAACAGUUCAGAUUCUUUGACAAGGCAGCCGUUGUAACCGGAACCGACGACAUCAAAACCCCAAUCAAUCCAUGGAAGCUUUGCACCGUAACCCAAGUCGAAGAACUCAAAUCCAUCAUACGCCUACUCCCCAUAUGGGCCAGCGGCAUCAUUUUCGCCACCGUCUACAGUCAAAUGAGCACCAUGUUCGUUCUUCAAGGCAAUAAGAUGGACCCCAGCAUGGGACCCCACUUCGAAAUCCCCUCAGCAUCUCUCUCCAUCUUCGACACCAUCGCCGUUAUCUUCUGGGUUCCAAUCUACGACAGACUCAUAAUCCCUAUCGCUCGCCGUUAUACCGGUCAUGUUCGUGGCUUCACUCAGUUACAACGGAUGGGAAUUGGUCUCAUCAUUUCAAUCUUCUCUAUGGUAGCUGGAGGUAUUUUAGAACUCGUAAGGUUACGUAUGGUGAGGAGAAAUAACUACUACGAUUUGAAAUAUGUACCGUUAUCGAUAUUCUGGCAAGUUCCUCAGUAUUUCAUUGUGGGAGCUGCUGAAGUUUUUACUUUCAUUGGUCAGCUUGAGUUCUUUUAUGAUCAAGCACCUGAUGCGAUGAGGAGCAUGUGUUCGGCGUUGUCGCUUACCACGGUUGCGCUUGGGAAUUAUCUGAGUUCGCUGCUUGUUACGAUUGUGAAGGAUGUGACGACUAGGGAUGGGAAGGUUGGAUGGUUGCCGGAGAAUCUGAAUCAUGGUCACCUUGACUAUUUCUACUGGCUUUUGGCUGUGAUGAGUUUGGUGAAUUUCUUCAUUUACCUCAUGAUUGCAAGGUGGUAUACGUAUAAGCGGCCUACUGGGAUUGUACAUGGGUAGUUGGGAGGAAGGAGUUUUUAUGCAUUUUGAAUUGGGUUUGUGAAUUUAUGUGUUUUAAGUAGGAAGAUUGUACUUAUUUUAUCCAAUAUCCAAGUGUUUGUAAAUUUUAU